AUGAGCAUCGACAAGUUGGUUAUUGGACCAGGAAGAGUAGAGACUUUGACUGAAGAUGAGGAGAAGAAAUUGAAGCAGGUGUGGGCCUAUCUCUUGAACUUCUUCGGAUAUAAGGUUGUUCAACCGGGUGCUUACCGGUCGAUAUCGCGAAGACCUACGGUGACAAGUUCGAUCGUGAGUAAUGACAGCAAGAAGAAAAAUAAGGGACUCAUGGGGAGAUUUAAGAUGUCGUCACUUAAGAGAAGUAAGUCGAUCGAGAAGUUGGAGAGAGUUCUAUCGCAUCACUCGGCUAACUCUAUGACCGAGGAUGGAUUUGUUAUUCACAAAUGUUUCAAAGGUUUGGAUAAUAACGACAUGUACAAGGCUUUCUGGGGAUUUCUAAGACACGAUACACCAGACAACCUUAUUCUUCGUUUUGUAAGAGCUCGUAAAUGGGAUGUCGAUAAUGCCAUGGUGAUGCUGACCAAUACAAUGAAGUGGAGAUGCUAUGAGGGUAAGCCUGAUCAAAUCAUGAUUAAUGGUGAGCUCGGGUGUCAAAAGGAUGGAAAGGAGGGUUUUAUGUAUCAGAUGCGUGUGGGUAAAUGUCUUGUUCACGGUCACGACAGAAAAGGCCGUCCUCUUGCCAAUGUGAGGGCCCGUUUGCAUCAUUCUUCCGAUCAGACAACUGAGGAGAUUGAGAUGUACACUAUGAUGGUAAUUGAAACUGCCAGAUUAAUGCUUACUGAACCGGUGGAUACAUGCGAUAUUGUCUUCAAUUUGUCCGGUAUGACCAUGUCCAAUAUGGAUUAUGGUGCAGUGAGUUACAUGGUGAAAUGCUUUGAGGCACACUAUCCUGAGUGCUUGGGUAUAUUGUUUGUUCAUAAGGCUCCUUGGAUCUUCAGUGGUAUUUGGAAGAUCAUCAAGAACUGGUUGGACCCUGUGGUGGCCUCCAAAAUUGUUUUCACCAAUACUGUAGAAGACUUGGCCAAACAUAUUGAUAGAAAGCACAUCCUCAAGGAGUUGGAUGGUGACGAUGAUUUUGAGUGGAACUAUUUGGAGCCCACAGAGUCUAAAAAUGGCCUUCUAAGCGAUAAUAAAGAAGAAAAAGAAGCUGUUGAAGAGGAAAGAAAGCAAAUCAUUGCUAGAUUCAUUCAGAAAACUAUUGAAUGGAUCGAGGCACCAGAUGAUAUCACAUCCAAGAACUUGCUCAAGGAGAAAAUCCAGAUCGGCAGAGAACUUGGCGACAAUUACAAGACGCUCGAUGGUUACAUCAGAAAUAGAGGUGUCUACGACAGAUUGGGUGACAUCACUUUCAAAGUGGCCACUGAUUAA